ACACCUACAUCGAACAAAUUCUCGAGAUCUCUACAAACCUCAACUCUCCCAACCCCCUCAACCAAACCAAACCAAACAACCCCCAAACACAACAACAAACCCAAAAUGUCUGCCCCCAACGCCGGUCGUCAGUCCCCCGACCCAGAGCGCCAGUCCGGUGCGCAAGCAGGCCAGAUCGCCGACAACGUCAACGCACAAGGUGCCGGUCCCAAGGAAGGCGCUGAGAAGGCCAGCGACAACACAAAGGAGAGCCUGAGCUCUAACCCUGAACACCCGCUGAAGGAGCACAGCGAGGAGACUACUUCGAAGAAGGUUUAGAGGGAUGGGGUGUGUUGAGAAGGAUGAUGCGUGGUGGAUGCAUGGAUGGAUUGUAAGACCUGGUAGUAUGGAAUGAGGUACCUGGGCAGUCUGAAGGAUGAGAUAAAUUAAAUCAUG